AUGCUGAAAUCAGCAUUCACCCCUAUUUACUGGGCGCUAUCGCCCAAACCAAAAUCACCAAAUAUAUCAUCACACUUCAUCACAAACACCUUUUCAAACAGCACACCACAUGUUCGACAAAAUUCCUCUACCAACCCCAUCAUCACCCCUUCUUCAGCCUAUAUUCACCUUCCUUUCUGUAGAAAACGUUGCCACUACUGUGACUUCCCCAUUGUCGCCCUUGGCCAUGCUUCAACUCAAACACACGACGACCCGCGUGUUAUAAACUACAUACAAUGGCUCUGCAGAGAAAUCAACGCAACCAAACUAGAUGGAAAACUCCACUCCCAGACGCCUCUUCAAACGGUCUUUUUUGGAGGUGGGACACCCUCUUUGGUUCCUCCAAGUAUGGUUUCCUCGGUUUUGGAGACACUGAAGAUGAAAUUUGGGUUGAGUGAAAGUGCUGAAAUUUCAAUGGAAAUGGACCCCGGUACGUUUGAUUAUAAGAAGAUGGAAGAUAUGAUGUUGUUGGGAGUGAACAGAGUUUCUUUGGGAGUUCAAGCGUUUCAGGAGAAGCUUUUGAAGAGUUGUGGCAGAGCACAUGGUUUGGAAGAGGUUCAUGAGGCUAUUGAUAUUGUCAGAAAAUGUGGGGUUGAGAAUUGGAGUAUUGAUCUUAUUGCUUCACUGCCUCAUCAGACUAGUGACAUGUGGGAGGAAAGUCUAAGACUCACCAUUGAGGCACAGCCAACUCAUGUUUCUGUUUAUGAUUUGCAAAUUGAACAAGGCACAAAAUUUGGAAGUUUGUAUGCACCAGGGGAAUUUCCACUGCCUUCUGAGACACAAUCAGCUGAUUUCUAUAAGAUGGCUUCAAGGAUGCUUUGUGAUGCAAGUUAUAACCAUUACGAAAUCAGCAGCUACUGUAAGAAUGGGUAUGAAUGCAAACACAACUUUACCUAUUGGAAGAACAAGCCUUUCUAUGCCUUUGGCCUUGGCUCUACUAGUUUUGUUGGUGGGUUAAGGUUUGCAAGACCCAGGAAGUUGAACGAGUACAUGAAAUUUGUGGAAAAUCUUGAAAAUGGAUCAGUAAAUAGCUCAUCUGAUGACAACAUUAAUACCAAGGACACUGCCCUGGAUGUUGUGAUGCUGUCCCUGAGAACUGCAAGAGGUCUAGAUUUGAAGCAUUUCCAAGAAUCAUUUGGAAGCUCUCUGGUUUAUUCUCUGUUUGAGGUUUAUAAACCUUAUGUUGAGAGUGGACACAUGGUUUUCUUGGACGAGCAAAGGAGAGCCAUUAAAAUAGAGGAUAUCAACAAUUCUCUUUUGAAUGAUAUUAACUCAGAAAGGAGAGUGGCCUAUAUGAGGCUAAGUGAUCCAAAUGGUUUCCUUUUAUCAAACGAGUUAAUAGCCCUUGCUUUUGGGGUUAUUGACUCUUGGAAGGAUUAUCCUUCUGCGCUACAAGAAGCUACUUGA